CCUUGGGUGGUUACCUCGGGAUGCCGCCUUGGGCCUCAGAGCUUUCCCUGUGGCCAUUUUUAGUGCUCUAUUAUGCUAUGGAGAGAGGAAGAGCCGUGUGUGUGGGUAUGGCCGGCUGCCGAGGCCUGGGAAUGGACUUGUAGCAGGGGCAGCCCGAGGGAGCCUGAAGGGACCAGUGCGACGGUGGUGUCAUGGCGCGUGAACAACCAGGAGCAACUUUUUGUUAGCAAGCAAGCAAUUUUUGAUGGAAAACGAGCCAUCCGAGGAGGGAUUCCAAUAGUUUUUCCCCAGUUUGGUGCCUGGAGCACUGGCCCGCAGCAUGGCUUUGCUCGCAUCUGCCGCUGGGAGUUGAAGAAGCCCCCAGAGCGCUUACCCACAGGGGAUGUGGAGGCCAUGUUCCAGCUGCUGGACAAUGAGUUUACUCGCUCCAUGUGGAACUACCCGUUCAGCCUAACGUACCGCCUCAUCCUGCGGGAGAAGGAGCUUCAUUUCAACAUCUCCGUGUACAACCCUGGUGCUGAGACACUCUCCUUCACCUUCCUGCUGCACACUUACUUCAAGGUUCCUGACGUGCGGCGGUGCCAGAUCACAGGCAUGAGGGGCUGCACCUACAUUGACAAGACCCGGGAGGGAGCCCUGUACCAGGAGCACCGGGAUGUGGUGACCAUCAAUGAGUGGACAGACCGCAUCUACCAGAACACUCCCCUGGAGCACAUCAUCACCAAUGUGGUCAGCGGCCGCAAGAUGAGGAUGCAGAAGUAUAACCUUGUGGACACAGUGGUGUGGAACCCAUGGAUUGAUAAGGCCAAGGAGAUCCCUGACUUUGGAGAGGAGGAGUUCCCCAACCUGGUAUGUGUGGAGGCUGGGCACGUGUCCUCGCCAGUAAUCCUUCCACCCGGCACGGUGUUUGAGGCAAGCCAGAUCCUCCAAGUGAUGUAGGGGGCUGGGGAGACGCCUCACUGUAGGUCACCGCACAUAGGCAUGCAGCACCUCACCUCUUGGUCUCUUGUUGAGGAGCAUUUGUUUAGCUCAUUUUUAGCCAUCACAUUUGUCACACAUUCACAGUUCAGAGUUGAUGUAAAUGGAGCUUGUUGGGACCGGGAGUAUGGGUGUGUAUACUAACAGCCGCUGGUGCUGGUAUUUUUUUUUAUUUUUUUAUUUUUUUAUUUUUUUUUAAGCCUCUGAGUCCUUGAGCCUAAAUGGACCAUGAGGCAUGUUUUGUUUUUUAAAUUCAUAUUUAUUUUUUUAUAAAAAAUCCUUUUUUUUUUUCCUGUAACUUUUUUUUUAUACAAAAGAUGAUAUACAGUGACUAUUUUUCCAUCAUUAGGAUUCCUGAGUUAUUUUUCUAUAGUGUGGUAUUUGUCUAGAGCCUUUAUUCUUAAUUUAACGUAACCAUGGCAGUCAUUUGCCAGCACAUACCUAAUUACGUAUGUAUCUUAUUUUUCUUUGUGGUGUUCUUAGCUCAUGUUGAUGGUCCAGGAAACAUGUUGAGACUCAAAACUUAAUGACGUGCCCCAUUGUAAUGUGCUUUAUGGUUAUGGUAAGGGGCUUCAGGAUAAUGGCAGUAUAUUGCCCUUCCAUCCCCCCAUUUCCCUUACAGAAUCUUAUUGAGAAAACUAUUAAUGGUGCUAUGGGUGUUGUGUUUGGUCUUUCCCAGUUGAGUUUUGCCAUUUUAAUGUUCAUUUACCAACCCAUUCUCAAAAAGAUUAACCAGAUCAGUUUUAUUUAUUUGAUAAAAGAUAAUCAUUGUUCCUCUGAAGACAUAACCUGCCCAUUGAAAAUAUAACUAAACCCGUUCAGAUAACCUUUUAAGUGUUUGAUCUCAAGUGUAGCAUUAAGAUGUUGAAAAAAGGACUGAGAGUAUCUCCAGAAAGUUUUAACAACUUGUAAUGGCUGGGAAGGCCAUGGCAUUUAUCUCUGUUGUGUGGACAGUUUUUCCCAGUUACAAAAAACCAAAGUUAUAAGAAUCAUUAUGAAGACAGGGUGACUAUUUCUUAAUUAAUGAUAUUUGUAUUUUAUAGGUUGUUUAUUGUAGUCUACUUGCUACUAACCUAGUUAUUGGUACUUGUAGUCAAGAGUUGCUUUGUGCAGUCUGUGAUGGUGCAUAAUUACCGAGUGCUAAAAGGGUUGCUAACUGUUGUGGAGUAGAGGAUGAGUUGUAGCUGAGUUUUUGAGCUUUCUAAUCUUGUUAAUGACCCAAGCUUGGGCAGCAUGUGGCUUUCACACUCCAGUUUUAGAUUUGUUAGAAACAACUAUUUUUAGUGUUUACUACAUUUAAAGUUUUUAUAAGAAACAUUGCCAAUCCAUAGGAUGCCAUCAUUUUGGUUAGUAUUGGUACUGUGGUCUUCAUGGCUAGGAUAGCUUUAUAGUCAGUUAUCAUGAGACAUCUUCACAAACCUUAGAAGGGACUCACCAAGAAUGCUGCAAUUGGUUCACCCUGAAGAAUGCGUAGUCCAGAUUCUGUCCAAAUGUACAACAAAGCCAUUUCUCAUUCCAUCAUACUUUGCUGUUUUUAGUUUUCUUCAGGGUGAAGCAUAACUAUUCAUCUUGUCAUUUGUUUUAGAUGAAGUAAAAAUCAUGAAUAUAUACCAGACAAGAGUUCUUGCAGAAAAUGUAGUCCAGUCACACUUUCUGCAGCCAGUUGUUACACAUGUGACCUCAGUUGAUAGUCCUUAACGACCAGUCAUGUACAGUGUUUGUCUUGCUUCUUGCACUUCUUGUCUUUUAAAAAGUUUGCAUUAUAAGGUCAACAUUACCUCAACAAGUAUGUUUAAACAAACAAUUUCUCAGUGUUAACCGAGUGAAUAACUUGCAGAGGCCACCUUACACACUUCUUUUAUUCAUAAUUUGCUGAUCCUAUUGUCUUAAAUUAACUUGGCACAUGCCAUCUAAACAUGUGAACUUGACAAUUUUGACCAAACCAUCAUGUGCUCUGUAUGGGCUUCUACAAGGUAUAAAAUAAGCAACAUGGGUGAAUGAGCAGGUAACGACUGGUGCCCUCUGCAAGUGACCCUUGGUUCGGACAUGAGUGUGAGUUGACUGGUUCAUCACUUUACAUGACUGAGGUGCUCAGAUGUCACAAACAUGAUGUUGUAGCACAUGUUGUGGUUGUGAGCUUUACACAUAUGGAUCUAUUCCAGGUUGUUCAAUCUCAUGGUUUCAUCAGUGUAGCACUGCAUUCCGAAUUUCAUUUUUCUUUGACAUAUUUUCAAGUUUAGAGUUAUUUUUAAGACACUUUAAUAGUUUAUAGUCAGAGUAAUAAAUUAAUAUUUCAUAAUUUUAUAUAAUCAUUAUAUGAUGUAUGAUGCUGAAUUACUUAACUGUUUAAUUUUGUUUCUAUAGUAAAAAAUCAGUUAAAAUGUAGUUAA